AUGCCAAAGAAAGCCAGACAAACAUUAGAGCAGAAACAAGAGUGCGAUCGAUUACAAAAACAAAGAAAGUAUGCAGAAAUUCAGGAAGAUCCUGAAAAGUAUGCAGAUCUGAAGGCAAAAGAAAGAGCAAGAUACCUUAAAAGAAAAGAACAGAAAAAAAUAAGUAGCGCACAAGAUAUGAGACCUAGACGAUUGAGAGUUCAGAGGAAGAAGUGA